GAAGAAUAUAGCGCGUAAUAAGCGAUAAUGGAUUUUGCCCAUAUCAAAAAUGGCUUCUAGUGCCUGAUGUACACUGACUGCAUGCAUGCCCUGCUGGAGUGGGGAGAGAGGGGAGAGAUGGCGGAGGUGAAAGUAAAGCAGGAGAACGUGGAGGCUGGGGAAAUAGAGAACAGGUUGGUUCAGCAUCAACCAAACAGGCUUUUCCACUAAUAUGAGAAUAUAAGGAAUUAAAACCAAUUUAAAUUUUUAGGCCAAUAUUACCAAACAUACAACUUUAACUAUUAUUGUGUUUUUUUCCCCGAAGUUUGAUUAUCCAGGACUAAAAUGUAAAAUUCACUUUGAAUUCAUGACAAUUCACACUUUAGUGAAUAACUCUAUAUGUGUUUAUCUCUAAUAUCAUGGUUUAGAUCAGACCUGCAUAGCUUGGCAGUAGGUGGGGGGCCAAAACUAAAACAGGCGAAAUUUCUUCUGGCUCCAGAUAGGUUUUUUUAUAGUGCCUCACUCUCCAAGUAAAGGUAUAAAAUUACGUGUAAAAAUGCACAAACUGGCAUACGGGCAUACAGAUACAGACAUACACACUGACAGGCAUACAGAUACAGACAUACACACUGACAGGCAUACAGAUGCAGACAUACACACUGACAGGCAUACAGAUGCAGACAUACACACUGACAGGCAUACAGAUGCAGACAUACACACUGACAGGCAUACAGAUGCAGACGGGUACACACUGACAGGCAUACAAAUACAGACACACAAACUGACAGGCAUACAGAUACAGACACACAAACUGACAGGCAUACAGAUAUAGACAUACACACUGACAGGCAUACAGAUACAGACAUACACACUGACAGGCAUACAGAUACAGACAUACACACUGACAGGCAUACAGAUACAGACACACACACUGACAGGCAUACAGAUAUAUACAUACACACUGACAGGCAUAGAGAUACAGACACACAAACUGACAGGCAUAGAGAUAUAUACAUACACACUGACAGGCAUAGAGAUACAGACACACAAACUGACAGGCAUACAGAUAUAGACAUACAAACUGACAGGCAUAGAGAUACAGACACACAAACUGACAGGCAUAGAGAUACAGACACACAAACUGACAGGCAUAGAGAUACAGACACACAAACUGACAGGCAUAGAGAUACAGACACACACACUUACCGGCACACGGAUACACAUACCCACACACUUACCGGCACACGGAUACAGACACGCACACACUUACCGGCACACGGAUACACAUACCCACACACUGACCGGCACACGGGUACAGACACCCACACACUGACCGGCACACGGGUACAGACACCCACACACUGACCGGCACACGGGUACAGACACCCACACACUGACCGGCACACGGAUACCCACACCCUGACCGGCACACGGAUACCUACACCCUGACCGGCACACGGAUACCGACACCCACACCCUGACCGGCACACGGAUACCCACACCCUGACCGGCACACGGAUACUGACAUACACACACUGACAGACGUAACCUUUGUGUGUUGUACGGUGGUUUCCCUGGUGUCCAAGCUGUGGCUGUAGGAAGUUAGGGGCUGGCUCUUGCAGCCUGCACCCUCUCAUGCCUUCUGUUAUAUUCUCCUGUCUCUCCCGGCCUGACCACCUCCUCACUGCCUCCCCACUGCGCGACUCCAGUGUCUGGGAGAAAGUGACUUGUGGCUCUCACUUUCUCCCUUGCUGCCAAUAAGUGUUGUAAAAUGGCCACAGUGCCUGUCCAGGCCCCUGCUGACACAUGCCAACUGACGGUCUCCCCUAGUUUGCGGGCCGCACAAAAUCCUUUGGCUGGCUGUAUGUUUUGCUGGUCUGGUUUAGACUGUAGGUCAUAGUUGGUCAUAGUUGGCAGUACUUUAUCUAUCAUGUUAGCCUUCUACCUAUAAAGUACAGGUAUUUCUUGUUGUGGCUGUCUACCAGACAGCUAUGCAUGAGGAUGUCCAGCGUCCCCUGAAGCCUCAUAGGAAAGCAUUGUAUAAUGCUUUCCUAUGGGGAAAUCCUAAUGCCAGUGCAGCCAUUGUCACACAUAUGCAGUAGGUUUUCCCCGCCGGCUGAUGCCGAGGUAAGUGACAGAGUUUUUUUUGUUUUUUUUAACCCCUUCUACAUCAUGGGGAAGGGCCGUGAGGAAGGGGGAACUGUAGUUGCAGGAAAACAAGUUUGUUUUAAUGGCACUAUAGUUUCUUUUUAAAUAUGUUAAAAUAGUGUUUACUAGGGUGAAGGAACGAGGAGCAGUCACUGUUCAUUUAUUUAUUUUUAUUCUUUAUUUUAGAAUACAUGUAGACCGAAUUGCUUACAAUUUUGAUGAACAAAAGUGCUUAUUAAUACUUGUAUUUAAAAAAAAAAAAAAAACCAAUAGAUUAAUAAAGUAUCUCAUCAUUUAUAUUUCAAUACAAUAAAUGUGCAUUCUUUUGACAAAUAAUUAAUACCAUGGCUUUGAAUACAAGAACUUAUGGGUGCUAUCCGUUAUAAAUCUCCAUAUUUGGGUCAGUCUCCAGAUUUAACUUUUUCAUACAGAAAGUAUAUAGAAAAGUUUUUGGGUUUUAGGUUUUUUUUCCGUUGUUUUCUUUGUUUUUCUUGCUGUGGAUUUUAAGUUGUGGUCCACUAUAUUUUAUACUAAGUCAAAUACAGGCAAAAACUCACAUUUUAAUCUAUCUAUAUCUCAAGUUCUCCUUGCGAGCCUCUCCUACAGUCGGAGGUACAAUUUAAAUGCCUCUUAUAGAAAAGCAUUAUUGAAGCUGGGAAGCCUGUGUGGCAAACUCCACAAUUUGCCAAUAAUACCUAGUGAAUCUCAUUUGUCUUUAUUUGAAACACUGAACCUACACAUAUAGUGUUGGCAAUAUAAGCUGAGUGACAGGUUGCCUGCAAGUGCCCACCCAUCUCCAAAUCACAGAGACCCCUGUCCAGUGCCAAAAGAGUGGAGACAAUGAGGCCAGAAAAAGUAGUUCAAGGGGGUGUAUUGGACUGUUCGCACAUGCCACACUUAUACUAAUCUAAAAGCAUCGCAUUGCAAGCUUGCUGAGACUGACCACCUCUAGAGACUAAAGUGGUUAUGGAGCUUGGAGCAGCCCUUUAGAACAUUAUUUAGAUUAUGCAUUAAAAAUCUGUUAAUAAAGGGAAAUAACUGAUUUGAAAAUAAAACUUUUUAAAUCUCCUGUAUAAGCUCGUUUCUAGCUUUUGCAGUGCGCUCUGUCCAGAUCAGGAAUUGGCACAGCCAAUCAGGAGACUCUCAUUCUUCUAUAGUUGCAACUCUGUGCUUGGUUACAGGACUAGGGACCUUAUUUCUCCAUAACCUAUGGAAGGAGCAUACUAUGUUAUGGCGUUUAAAGUGACCACUUAUUAAAGGAAGUUUAAGUACACAUCCUGCCAUUAUACCUCCUAUUUCACAAAAACAUGGCAACAUUACCAGAUGAAAACACCCACGUUUGUCUACAAAUAUUGCUUUCCUGACUAACCAUGGCAGCUUCACUUCUGUGUGAGCUCUACUCUACUCUAGAAAAUAAAAGUAUGUAUGAAUACAUUUUUUUUGUUAUAUUAUUGUAAAGAUGCACCGAAACUUACUAUUAGCAGUUUGGUUUUAUCACCGUAAAUGUCUGCUUAUUCUUUUCUUUGUUCACUGUGCCCAGUGUAUGAAGUUUGCUAAUCUAAAUUAUUUAAUUGGAUUUUGUCAAUUCUGGGGGACCAUCUACAUUGGGAGCAAUCGCUGUGGAUUUCUGUGAAAUGUCCUUGCUGACUGUGUGAUUUUUUUUUUUUUUAGAAUUGUCACAGAAUUGAUUUAUAUAUGUAAUGUCCCAACAUGUGUGAUGAGCAGCAUGUGUCAUAUUUUUUUUUUUUUUUUAUUCUUUGUUUUUACAUUGACAGAGUGCAGUAUAUCAACAAUAUGAGGCUUGUGCACAAUAUAUAUAGCAUUGUAUAAAUGAUACAGAAAGAAAGCUAAAUACCAUUUAAAACAUGUCUUACAUCAAAGAAUGGUAACUGGCUUGCUCAGUCUGUCAAGGUUUUUUCUUUUUUUUACAACGCUAUAGUAACGUGACAAACGUUCAGUACAGUGGGUACAGAUUAUUGUAACUUUGCUAUAGACAUGUAACAUACAUAACUUCCUUCUUGUAAUGUUAUAACAGUGAUCUUGUUUUAAUUGUGACCUGCCUGUCGGGACCCCAGGGUCUCUAGAUUCGGAUGUGUCGCAGUUGAAUCUGAUACUGGGGUAAGCUGUGAUGGGACCUAAAUAUCAACCACAGGUUGUACAGACUGUAUCUGGAGUGUGUGGGGUGCUGUUAGUGUAUACUUUGUCUGAGGAAUGUUUCAGAGUCCCUGUCUUGGGUUAGUGUUGCCCGUUGAGUGCCUAUUGAUGCGAGAUUCGCUAGUGUUUUGCUUGUGUGCAAGCUGUGGACGUAAAGGUCCUAUUAGAAAGAUAGGGUAGUAAGAGUGGAGUAAGAGAUAAGAGAGAUAAUUAGAGGGUCAUGCGCCGAGAGGUUGGGGGGAGAUGGGAAAUGACCCGGGGGAGGAUCGAGUGAGCGCCAGGCUUGAUGCUUGGGGCAUGGACAUCUCCCUGACCCCCCUUUAACUUAAUAGCAUGUGUCAUCUUUAUAGUAACAUUGUUUAUGUGGAUUAUUUCACUUAGACUUUUUUUUAUUUCUUUGUUCUUGUUUAGGAUCAUAGAGCUGUGUCAGCAGUUUCCUCAUGGAAUCACAGAUCAAGUUAUUCAGAAUGAGAUGCCUCACAUUGAACCCAAGCAGAGGGCUAUGGCUAUCAACAGACUACUGUCAACGGUAUGUUACUACUGGCACAGAAUGCAAAAUGACCUUGGAGUACUGAAGGAUUCACACACAGUCACGAUUACUUUGCUGCUUCAUCAUAAUUUUUCAAAGAUGUUUACAAGAUCUUGUAAAGAGAUUUUGGAACUUUUAAUAUUUUGAUUGAAGAUAUAAAAAGCAACAAAAAAAAAGUCUUGCUGUUGCAUUGUUUUCAUUAUGUAUUUUCUGCUAAAAUAGUUUAAAGGGUUACUCUAAGCACCAUUACCACCUUAGUGUUUUUAAGUGGUCAUGGUGCAAUGCCCCUGUCUCGUAACUCACCACUCACAGUUUUGAUAAGUCUGUCUGGGACAAGAAUUCCGGGCUUGCUAAUAUUACUUCUAUACCUAUUCUAUAUAUUGGUUGAGAGGGCUAACUCUCAGCCUGUUAAUGAAGGGAAGUGUCAACAUCUGGCAUCUACAGCGUUGCAGAAGUUGGAUGCCAUUCAGCUGCAAUUCAUUUUGACUUGGAUACUCAGUGGGACUUUGUAAACCAGUUUGUCCCCUUACCAAGGAAGAUCAUCAAGGUACUCUUGUUAUCAUAACCAUUUUAACUCGCUGUAUUGUCUAGAUCCUUGGAGUGCCUUUUUUAAAGUCUAUAUAGGAAAUGCUGACUAUAUUUAUCUUGGUUUUACACUAUGCAUUUAGAUAUUAUUGUACCCUCUCUUUCUCAUCAAAUUAAGGGCCAACUGGACCUGCUGAGAAGUGGCACAGGCCUUCUGUACAGAAUGAAGGAUACUCAGACAGCUGGGUGAGUCUUUUGUUACAUACUUGUUGACAGUCAUGUAUGCAGAACAUCACAAUUUCAAAAACAAAAAAGGGUUCUGUUCUGUAAGCUGACGUUUUUUUCUGGUCCACCUUGAAUGAUAGAAAGCUUUGUUAAUAAUUUAUUCUAUAAGAAGUUCCUGCUUUCUUGGGAUUUUCUGCAUUCUAGCCCUGUACACCUCAGUUGGUGAUCUGCUCAGGAGCUCAGUUAAGGAGCUUUAUUCAGAGGAAUGUUUUACCGAAGAGCAAUGUUAAGUAAUUAUUGUUUGUUCUUUCCCAGUAAAAUGAAGGGUUCUGACAAUCAGGAGAAAUUGGUCUACCAGAUUAUAGAAGAUGCUAGCAAUAAAGGUAAGUCUUAAAACAGGGUUUGGCAAAUUUACUUAAAAUUUCAGGACCAGGCAAAUUUUCAUUAACCGUUUGACUACUAGAAGUGUCUCUGUAUUGUAAAAUAAUGUAUUGGGUGCGUCUUUGUUGAAGUGACUCAUUUUAAUUUGGCAUCUCAACAUACGUAGGCCUUGAUUUACUAUUUUUGGGGUAAGCUAUUAAAGUGAUUUAAUAUUAUUAUCAUUUACAUAGCGCCAACAUAUUCCACAGUGCUGUACAAUUAUGGACAGUGGAAGAGUUGAAGAAGGCAGUGCUCAAAUGAACUUGCAAACUAUGAGAGCCAGUCUAGGGGAAAGAAAAGAUCAGAAUUAGAACAAAUUCUUGCUAAUUAUUAGAUCCCAUUUCCAUGUCAGUACAGAGACUUGAUUUGCCUAGUUCUCUCUUAAAAUGUUUUUGUUCACAUAUUUGUGUGAGAGAGGUGUAUAUGAAUGUGUGAUGUAUAUAUGCUGCUGGCUAACAGGAUGAUUUGAUUUAGGUAUAUGGACCAGAGAUAUAAGAUACAAAAGUAAUUUACCACUGACUGAGAUCAACAAAAUUCUAAAGAACUUGGAAAGUAAGAAACUAAUUAAGGCUGUCAAGUCCGUAGCGGUAAGUUGGUUUGUAUCAUUUCUAUGUAUUUCUCCUUAUAAAGCAAGACUUACUAUGGGCGGAGGGGAGGAUACUUCCUAUUUUUAUUUUAUUUUUUUAUUGUUUUGUUAAAAAGGGAAUUGUAAAACAAAGUUCUAAAAGUGGGAGCUGUCACUAACUAAACUAAUGUUUUUGCAGAUUGCUGUACAUUUAGAGCUUUGGCUUAGAAUUACUCAUUAUAGAUAAGCAUUUUUUUGGACAUGUUAGGUUUUAUCAUGUGACUUAUGCAUCAUAUAUUAUCAUGUGACUUUUAUGCAAAUUUGUAGCUACAUAACUAUCUUACUAUUGCUAUAUACAUGUAAGUAAUCACAGUACAGUAUCUGCUUCUAUCAAAAGUAUAAAAGUAAAAUAAGUGAGAGGAUCAAAUUCCACGAGCUGACUUGAAGUAAUGUUUAGUCACUUUAAUGUUAAUGAGUGCUUUUUUUUUUUUUUCUUGUUCUAGGCUUCUAAAAAGAAAGUUUACAUGCUGUAUAACAUACAACCUGACCGAUCUGUGACAGGGGGAGCCUGGUACAGUGACCAAGAUUUUGAAUCUGAAUUUGUAGAAGUGCUAAAUCAGCAAUGUUUUAAAUUCUUACAAACCAAGGUAACAGCUGCACAGCCCAUUUUUUAUACUUUCUGUAGUUACAGGCAUCAUGACAUCCCUUAAUUUAAAGUAUAACUGUCAUAAAGAAAUUGCAAUGUAAUUUUUAAGUUAUAUUUUACUAUUUAUGUUUUUUUUUUUAUUCAUGAUAUUAAGAUCUUUGAGAAAAUCACUUGCCCACCUGUCCCACUCUUCCUUUGUGAUGGCCACCUUUAUGCACCUUGCAUGAGAAUGUCCCUUAUCCCAGGCAGUGCUCACUAUUUUGCAACAGUUGCUAUAAAUAUAUAUGCUUGCAGAAUGAAAUCGAAUAAAGUUGGAUUGACAAUGAGCGCAAUCAUAAAAAAAUUUUACAUCCUAAAUUGUUAGUUUGAUAUGUUCUGCUUCUUUUGUUAUUAGAGCAUGUUUGUUAACAACCAUUUAUAUUAAAAAUAAAAGUAAUGUUUUUUUUUUUGUUGGUUUUUUAAAGAAAUUUGACACAAUAGGGGAAAUGACAAAAGGGUGUUUGUUGUCACACACACCCCUCAACCUCUCCCCACCAGAAUUAUUUCAGAAAAUCAAAUUAUGGGGUUGCUUUGAUGAACUUUGACGCAUGCAAAAUAUCUUAGUUUAACUUAUGUGAUUCUCUGUUCUUCUCACGUGUUUAAAUAUUCCUGACCUUGAAACCAAACAAAGACUGAUGUUUAUUGCUCAAAGCACUAUUUAUGUACGUAAAGUCAGUCUGUGUUGGUAUUUUAACUAUUUAGGUCAUGCAAUAGUUGGCUAAAAUAAGAAAGAAAGAGAAGUGAUCAAGAAGCCCAAGUAAAACAUUUGAAAGUGUUCUGCAUGCAUAAUCCAUAUUUCUUAUAGCUUUGCUGUGCAUGCAGCAGGUUGUAAAGAGUAAUUCUGGAUAUAUUUAUUUUCAUCUACACUACAACUAUCUUCAGUAUGUCUGCCUCACUUAAAGGUCACUUGUCGUUAAAUUUUGACUUCUCCUUUUUUUUUUUUAUAAUUAAAUGUUUAACACACUUAAAUAGAUUUUUAUUUUAUUUUUUUUAAAUGAUACGUAUUGAUUUAUUUAUUUUUGAAAGUUUCAUUUUUUUCAUCUGGCUGAGCAGCCAUGUUGGGCUCUCCAGUGCCCACGAGAGAUAAACUUUAACGCUGCAUGUAAUGUUGAUCAUGUGCCAAAGUACAUAACCGGAGUCUAUGGUUCCUGCCCUAUUUCUCUCUCAUGCACAGUACUUGCCAUAAGAACGGAAAGUGUCUGAUCCCACCAGCUGAUGGAAAAUGGCAGGAUAGGGCAGCAGAAUUCCUAUACAUUUCCGUUUUUUUUGAAAAUAUUUGAUUUGAAAAUGAGACCGAGUAAUCCCUAUUUUUAUUGUGUUAGCGUUUUCAAUAAAACCCGAGUUUGAGUGCAGCUUUAACUCAGGUAACCGAAUAGCAGUUCUCUGUAUACUGCAGACAUACAUUAAAUCCUAACAGCAGGAGAGGUAGGAACAACCACAGUAAGAUACUUUAUGAAAACUAGACAGAUGUGAGUAACACACCUAAGAAUUCAAAGAGAUUUCAAAAUGUAGAGCAAAAUCGACAAAUCUGAAACAUUUUCCAAUUCGAUUCUGUUUUCGGUUUGGCUAUUUUUGAAAUAUUGGAAAUUCAUUUGGAACUCCCAGUAAUUCCCACUUUAGUGGAAACUUGCAAAUCAAUUAGUGGACAGAAGCUUAUCUUAGAUGGCUAAAUAUGUUCAAUGCUAAAAUAUCCUGAAAAUCUAGAGUAGUUGUUUUUAAAGGAUUUUUUAAUUUAUAUAUAUACACAUAUAUACACACACACACACAGUAAAUGAAGACUUUAGGUUAGUGAUCCAUUCUUAAUUUUCCUAUUUAUAUCAGUGAUCCAUUUUUCUGAUCUCAUUUAAUUCAUACUAAAAUAAAUUGUGCAAAUCCACUUCAUUAGACUUAUCCUCUUCGUUUUAAAGUAGUACAAGGACAUAGAUGUGUCCAUACCUACAGACUAAAAACCAUGGCACUAUAUUCAUGAGAAAUGAAUGUUUAAUGUUUGUUAAUUAUUCAGUUGAACUUUAUAAUUAACCCGAUGCCUUCUGUUUAAAGGCUAACAUUUCCUCAUUAAAUACAACAGGCAGAGGCUGCACGGGAUAGCAAACAAAACCCAAUGAUACAGAGAAACAGUUCAUUUGCUUCGUCCCAUGAAGUUUGGAAAUACAUCUGUGAGUUGGGAAUUAGUAAGGUAAGACAAUAAAGGGUGAGCAAGGUUUAACAGACCUUGUAGGAGGUUUCUUUCAAAUGGCACAGUCAUCCACAAAAUGUGUUUGUCAAGGUCACCUUCUGGUGGAUAUACAAUUAAGUGGUUUUGGUGGCUUCUAUGAUAAGGUUGUUGGUGAAUGCAGUAUCAACUUAAUAUUUUUUCCAUGUGUACCAUGUGCCUUACUCCAAGUCAUUUUAUUUUGUUUGCUUUUUUAGUUUCACAUUGAAUUAUUUGUAGAUUAAUUUUCAGUUGUAUUUUGUCUUUUUUAAAGGUUGAAUUGUCUAUGGAGGAUAUUGAAACCAUCCUAAACACUUUAAUUUAUGAUGGGAAAGUAGAAAUGACCAUAAUUGCAGCAAAGGAAGGAACGGUUGGUAGUGUGGAUGGACAAAUGAAGCUUUAUAGAGGAAUAAACCCCGUUAUACAGCCAGCAGGCUUAGUGCGCACACCUUGUGGCUUGUGCCCGGUAAGUCAUUGAUUGCACUAAACUAUGUUAUUAGAAGGGGCAGUGGAGAUAGUAAUUAAAAUAUGUAUGAUCCGUGUAAAUAUUAAGUAACAAAAGAACUAUAGACACCAUAACACAAAAUGACAGUUCCAUGGUUAUUUGGACAACCCUAUCUAGAAUACUUGUUUUAUAAGAAGCUGUUGGGCCUAUUGUAGCGGAGAGGCAGUAUAAUCCACAAUAUCUCCGCUGGGUAACAGGAAUAACAUAAAAUAAUCCAGGGGAAUAAGCACAGCAUACAAUAAUCCCGGUAGCGUUGUAGUAAUCCUUCCUUCCCAAGAACUAGACGACACAUAGGCUGGGAGUCAACUGAGGUUUUAUUCACAGGACACUGUAUUUAUGGGAUUCCCCCUGCAAGGGUUUCCCUACUGACAUUAGAGGGGUUGUACAGUAGGGGACUACAUGGGGAACUGCCAAACACAUACAUUUCUCCCAUCAUGCACUGCUGGACGAGAGGGAUAUUCCCACUGGAAUAUACAGUUAAUGGGAUUAUCCCUCCGUGCAGCAGAACUUACAUUUUACAUAAAAAUCCAUAACUUUAACAAUAUUCACUUGUUUUACACAAAUGGACAUUCGGUAGAUAGCUGGAGGCUGAGCGCAUUGUUUGUGGAAAUACCGCUCAGCUCCCAGUCUAGCUAACCGAACACCGUACGAAAUACACAUUAUUUUCAACACACGGUUAAAAUAGCGAUUGGUAUUAGGGGAACAAUCUACCGAACGGCCGGGACUCCCGAACGGCCUGGAAGUCCAGCGGGGUUCGCGCCGUCGAGUAGCCGUUUUUAGUUCCAGGCGCUCGACUGCAAAACCCCGCUGGGCUAACAAAGGAAUCAAGAUGGCCGACCGCCGCGUGGUCGGUAGCCGAACGACGGCCACCUAGGGAAGUCUUUAACUACCUCCUGUGUGUGGUCGACCGUUCGGUAGGUCAUUCGUUUCACGAACAGUGCUCCUUUAACAUCUCUAGGCUGUGCAACUUCACAAACUUGGAAGGUCAUGGAUUUUUUAUUUACACAGUACAUAAAAAUGUAGGAGUUAUUUUUUUUUUUUUUACCAUACUUUCUCUUUAAGCUUGUUGUACAGAAGCUGGGGUUUGAACACAUGUAAACACUUUUUUUGUGCUUAGAGUGUACCUUUAAACAGACCCUAUAGUCAUCAGAACCACUACAACUUAACGUAGUGGUUCUGAUAUCUAUAGCCUGUCCCUGCAAGCUCAGCAAUGUAAAUGCUAUCUUUUCAUUGCUGCCUUGUAGCACCUAUAGUGGCUGUCACUGACUUACUGGCACCUAAACAUGUAGUCCAGCCGUAUCGUGUUAGGAAUACAUGUUUGCAUUCCUAAUACUGUCGUAUUACUUUUACUCUGCUUUCCGGUGCCGAAUCUAUACAUGGAUUGUAGUUAUAUACAUGUCAAUUAGAUCAGUUUUAACUCUUUCACUAGCAUCCACAUAUAUUAAUUGGUUUCAGAAGUCUGCUGCCCUUACUGAUUUAUUAAGCAUAUAACCUUCAUCAUUGAACGACCUCCCGCACACUUUCAAAUCUUCCCCAAGCCUAAAGUCCUUUAAGAGAUCUCUCUCUACAUACCUCAAAACAGAAUGCAUGAGUCAUGGUUGAUUAUAUAUUUCCUACCUGUUCGAUGUUAAAUUUUGUAUAUAUUGUGUAUUAAUAUUGUUUUUGUUUUUUAUUGUACCAUAAUGUAUCAAUGCAAUGUUUUGUGGACCCAGGACAUCCUUGAAAACGAGAGAAAUUUCAAUGUAUCCAUCCUGGUAAAAUAUUUUAUAAAUAAAUAGAUAUUCUCAUACCAUCAUAUUAUACUUGCCAUACUCCUUAUUGUAACAGAUUGGGAAUCUUCACUUCCAAAGCUUGUGGAAUUCAUUACAAAUACUACAGAUUUUACACUGACAAAAUUUCUCUAUAUACUAAAAGGAAUAGGUUUGGUUCUAUGCAGUGUAUUGAGAUUACAUUUCUCAUUAUGCAUUAAAUGAAUGGAAUGACGUAAUUUUACUGUAAAUACACGUGAUUUAAGUUUCCUGUCCUUGAACAGCAGUCUGCGUGUGACCCUUUUGUUUCACGUGCUUGCUAGGCAUCCCAUAUUUCAAGUAUUUCAGAUUUUACACAUCACUUUCCAUGACGCUUCUGUUCUGGUAUUUUGCGUGUGCGGAAACUUUUAAUUUCAUUUUUUUUGUGUUUUUUCUUUUGUUUGCAAAGUGCUCAGUAAAGGAGAAGUUAAUUGUGCUUUUUAUAGCAUACCUUUGUGGUUAGUGUUUGAUUUCAGAGUUUUCACUGAGGUACAGUCUUCUCAUAGUAUUGUAGCAAUGUGGCCAUUGUCUAAAAUGUUCAUCCAUAUUCCAUAUCCAGUCAUGGAAGUCUUUAUUUAGAAGCCCUGUAGCCACAGAUUUGACUAUGUACCGGUCUUGUGAUCAGAAAAUAAACCAGGACUUAAUGAACUAUACAAAUAUUAUAUAUAUAUAUAUAUUUUUUUUUUUUUUUGAGUUCCCUAUACAGUUCAGAAUAUUGGUCUCUCUCUCUCAUGAGAGAAAAAGUACAAUAGAGGAAGGAACUACAUGGGGUAACAUUUUCAUGUAUAGCUACCUGCCUCAUGCAAUGAAUUGACCCUACAGUGUAGCUGUAGGUAAAAAAAAAAAAAAAUUAUAUUCUUUAGCUGAUCAAUAUAAGAGGUCUGGUAGAUACUGAUAAAUAUGUGGGGGGAAGUGUUCUACACACAAGAAGUUAACUUUUUUUUUUUUUAUAUAUCUAAGUAUUCAUCUUAGUAUCUCAUCUUUAUUUUAACAGGUGUUUGAUGACUGUCAUGAAGGUGGUGAAAUUUCUCCAUCCAAUUGUGUCUAUAUGAAUGAAUGGCUGGAAUUCUAAGGGGUAGUUUCUGCUUUACUUCAAUCUUCUGCUCAAUUCUGCAAUAAAUGUCAGCAUUUCCAACUAUGAGCAGGGAGAUGUACUGAAUGACGUACCUGUGCUGAUCAUCUGUAGAUUGAAAUCAAACUCAAAGCAUCGGAGGAGUGGGACCAAAGACUACAUCCAUGUUUUUGCUCUUCGAAAUCGAGGCAUGUUUCAGAACACGAACGAUUAGAAAUAUAAAUAAUUGCUGAAAUUGCACUGGACGCCCCGGCAUGACAGACUGUAUAAGAUGUACUAAAUAUAUUUAUUGCGGUUAUUUUAGCAUGUUAUGGACUUUAUUUCUGUAAUGUGCGUGAAGAACAACUUUUUAAAAGUUUAUGUAACAGGAGUUUGCCUUUUAUUUAUUUUUACCCAAACUUUGGGGAUUGUAUAGGUUUACUAUAGGACCAUGAAUUUGUGAUUAAAAUGAGUUAAUACAUUUCUUAUGCAACUGUAAUGUGUGAGGCUAUAAUAUUAAGAACAUGCUCCAGAAAAAAAACAUUUCACAAUAGAACGUUUAAAAUACAGAAGUAACAUGAUUUGCUGUGAUUUUAGUUUAUUUUGGACAUUUUACUCCCAGAAAUCCUAUAAUGUUGUCGGGUGUACAAAUGUUUUAUGCAACUGAUGUUUGAUCUACUUGGUGUUAACACUCUUUAGAACCAACAUCACAAAAAAAGGCAAUUACAAACUAUUCAUUUGACUGAUAGCUUUACCUGUAAGAGCCUAAACCGCACAAAUUGCUAGAUGUGAUGACAUUUGAUAAGAGUGCCUAUAGUCCUUUCAUGGGCAAUUUCUUAUUAUGGAUUGGAGAGUCUCUACUGUUUGCAAAGGAACAUGACAUGUCAGAAACCCAUUUCUAUCAUAGUGGGUGUAAUACUCUCACACACCAGGGUCCCUGGUUUAAACUUUGAAGAAUUAUGUAGCCAUUCAUAUGGGCUGCAGGUGCUUCUAAGCCAAACAUUUUCUAUCCCAUUUAGGAACGGAACCUAACAUCCACCUAAUAAAUGGCAGCCAUUUUCUGUUUACUUCUUCAGGAGUCAAAUGGUACAGACAGUUGUUUGUGGACCAAUUACCCUAAAUAAAUAAUUAACAAUGUUGUUAAAAGGCAGGUUUUUAUUUCCAAAGAGAAUGUAGCAAAAACAUUUGAUGGU